AGCAGUCACUGCUGUUGCCGUCACCCGUGUGGGGUACACCCCCCCAAGCCCACCCGUCGUGGGUGACUUCUCCGUGUCGGGGAGGCUCUCGGAGCCCCGUCAAGGACGCUUCAGGGGAAGGCGACGUCGCAGCCCCGAAUGCGGCCGGAGGGCGCGAGAAUGGAGCUCGGCGGCUGCCAGGCGAGCCUGCCCGAGGAGUGCAGGAGGGAGCAUUGGCAGUUGCUGGGUAAUUUGAAGACUACUGCAGAGGGUUUGGUGUCAGCUAACAGUCCUAAUGUAUGGUCCAAGUAUGGUGGCCUGGAACGGCUUUGCAGGGACAUGCAGAGCAUCCUCUAUCACGGGCUCAUCCAUGACCAGCAGGUCUGUUGCCGUCAGACUGAUUAUUGGCAGUUUGUGAAAGAUAUCCGAUGGCUGAGUCCUCACUCUGCCUUUCAUGUGGAGAAGUUCAUCAACUUGCAUGAGAAUGACCAGAACAACACUGACGGAGAAAGCGACUGUGCUGUUGCAGAAUUGUGGCUGCAGCAUAGCUUGCAGUGCCACUGUCUCUCAUCCCAGCUCCGACCUCUGCUUGGGGAUAGACAGUAUAUCAGAAAAUUCUAUACAGAGACUGCUUUUCUGCUAAGUGAUGCUCACGUUACAGCCAUGCUCCAGUGCUUGGAAGCUGUGGAACAGAACAACCCCCGUCUCCUGGCUCAGAUUGAUGCUUCUAUGUUUGCCAGAAAGCAUGAGAGCCCACUGCUCAUAACUAAGAGCCAGAGCCUGACAGCUCUUCCUGGUUCUACGUACACUCCUCCAAACAGCAGCACUCAGCCUUCCUACUUUGGGUCCUUUUCUAGUGUCCACCAAUCUGCAUCCAACAACAAUUCAGAAAGAAGAUCUACUUCUUUUUCAGUCUGUGAUUCUUCCCAGAAACCCCAGGAAAGUAGAGAACACAACUCACCAACUGAGGAUCAAGUCACACAAGACCCUUCGCUUCUUGUCUCGACUACCAAAGCCAGGGAUUCCCCCUCAACCCCUGAAGGGAUGAGUUCCAGCACACUGACUAGCCCCAUUGAAGCUUCCUCUUUUAGCAGCCAGAAUGAAUCUCCAAUUGAAACCAGUGAGGGGCCUGAGUACUUGGCCAUUGGGAACCUGGACCCCCGAGGCCGGACUGCCAGCUGUCAGAGUCACAGCAGCAAUACUGAGAGCAGCAGCUCUAAUUUAUUCUCCUCUAGCAGCUCCCAAAAGCUGGAAUCUGCUGCUUCUUCUCUAGGGGAUCAGGAAGGAGGUGGACAGAGUCAGCUGUCCAGUGUCCUUCGCAGGUCCAGCUUCUCUGAGGGACAGAUACUCACAGUUACCAGUGCAUCAAAGAAGAGCCAUGUUCGUUCCCAUUCAGAUACCAACAUUGCCUCCAGAGGAACCCCAGGAGGCCCCAGGAAUAUCUCCAUUAUAGUUGAAGAUCCCAUUGCAGAAUCCUGCAGUGAUAAGUCGAAGUUGAGAGGCCCCUUGCCCUACUCUGGCCAGAGCAGUGAAGGCAGCAUACCCAGCUCUCUGUACAUGGAGCAUGAGAGUGGCCAGCACCUAUGCUCAGGAGAAGGCAUAUUCCGAAGACCCUCAGAAGGACAGUCCCUCAUCAGCUACCUCUCUGAGCAAGACUUUGGCAGCUGUGCGGAUCUAGAAAAGGAGAAUGCCCACUUCAGCAUCUCAGAAUCCUUGAUUGCUGCCAUUGAGUUAAUGAAAUGCAACAUGAUGAAUCAGUGUCUAGAAGAGGAAGAGGAUGGGGAGGAGGACAGUGAUCAAGAGAUCCAGGAGCUGAAGCAGAAGAUUCGCCUUCGGCGCCAGCAGAUCCGCACCAAGAACCUGCUCCCAGUGUACCAGGAAACUGAGCAUGGCAGUUUUAGAGUCACUUCCAGCAGCUCUCAGUUUAGUUCUCGUGACUCUACCCAAUUCUCUGACUCUGGCUCCAUUGAUGAGGUAGAUGAAUUGGAAAUCCAAGAUGCUGACAUCAAAAAGAGCACAACUUCAAACAGCAAAUCCUUCAUUUCUUCCCAGUCCUUCUCCCACUGUUUUCUACACUCCACCUCUGCUGAGGCAGUGGCCAUGGGCCUCUUGAAGCAGUUCGAAGGGAUGCAGCUACCAGCCGCCUCGGAGCUAGAGUGGCUAGUUCCAGAGCAUGAUGCCCCUCAGAAGCUCCUGCCCAUCCCUGACUCGCUGCCCAUCUCACCAGAUGACGGGCAGCAUGCUGACAUCUACAAGCUACGUAUCCGUGUUCGUGGCAACCUGGAGUGGGCACCACCACGGCCUCAGAUCAUUUUUAAUGUCCAUCCAGCCCCCACGAGAAAGAUUGCUGUAGCCAAACAGAAUUACCGCUGUGCAGGAUGUGGCAUCCGCACUGACCCUGAUUAUAUCAAGCGGCUUCGGUACUGCGAAUACUUGGGCAAGUACUUCUGUCAGUGCUGCCAUGAGAAUGCACAGAUGAUCAUCCCGAGCCGGAUUCUACGCAAGUGGGACUUCAGCAAGUAUUAUGUCAGCAACUUCUCCAAGGACCUGCUCUUGAAGAUCUGGAACGAUCCUCUCUUCAAUGUUCAAGAUAUCAACAGUGUGCUCUAUCGGAAGGUCAAGCUGCUAAAUCAAGUCCGGCUGCUGCGGAUCCAGCUAUAUCACAUGAAGAACAUGUUCAAGACAUGUCGGCUGGCCAAAGAGCUUCUGGAUUCUUUUGACAUUGUUCCCGGCCACCUAACAGAGGAUCUCCACCUGUAUUCGCUGAAUGAUCUCACUGCAACCAGAAAGGGGGAGCUAGGCCCCCGGCUUGCUGAGCUCACCAAGGCAGGGGCUGCCCACGUAGAGCGAUGCAUGCUUUGCCAAGCCAAAGGCUUCAUCUGUGAGUUCUGUCAGAAUGAGGCUGACAUCAUCUUUCCUUUUGAGCUCCACAAGUGCCGGACCUGUGAAGAGUGUAAAGCUUGCUAUCAUAAAGUUUGUUUCAAAUCUGGAAGUUGUCCACGCUGUGAGCGGCUGCAGGCCCGGCGGGAGCUGAUGACCAAGCAGAGUCUAGAGUCCUACAUGUCAGACUAUGAGGAGGAAUUCACUGAAGCCUCGGAACUUGAGACCUCUGUGCUGGAGACCACCUGAGGAAAGCUUGAAAAGCCUCUUCUUGAGGCGAGGAGCACAAUAAUGCAACAUUGAGCCACUUGUUUAAGAACUCUCUCCUUUGGGGAUUUUUUUAAAUAAUUAUAACCAUUAU